AUGGAGUCCGUCCUUCAUAUCAGUAAAUGUGCUGAAGGAAGCAAAGUGGAGUUUGCAGCUUGUUUACUGCAAGGACGGGCAUUGACGUGGUGGAAUACCCAUAUACAAACCCGAGGUCGGGAAACAACCAACAGACUAACAUGGGAGGAAUUCAAGAAAUUACUCAAGGAAGAGUACUGCCUGAGGAGCGAGAUCCAGAAGUUAGAAGCAGAACUAUGGAAUCACGAAAUGAAGGGAAGUGAUGUAGACUCAUACACUGCUCGCUUUCAUGAGCUGGCAAAACUGGUGCCACACUUGGUAUCACCCAAAGAGAACCGAAUUGACCGUUAUGUCUGGGGUUUAGCUCCAGAAAUCCGAGGGAAUGUGACUUCGGCCAAUCCAAAAACACUUCAGGACACAGUGAACUUAGCGAUAAAACUCACCAACAAUGCUAUUCGGUCAGGAUCAUUUGCGAAUGAUAAAGUCAAGGGUAAGAGAAAAAUGGAGGAGCCCGUGAGAAAGAACUACAGCGAGAGGGGCGGUAAGGCCCAAAAAGUGAUAAGAAACUUUGGGGCUCAGACACAGACAGUAGAAAAGGACAAGGGAACUUACCCUAGGUGUGACAAGUGCAAUAAUCACCAUGGAAGGAGAUGCAUCAUCUGUCUUAGAUGCAACAAAGGAGGUUAUUUCGCUAAAGAUUGCAGGAGCGGAAGGAGACGAACAUGUCAUGAGUGCGGAAGCCCGGAUCACUUUAGGAAUGCAUGCCCGAGACUGAACCGACGGCUAGUUACUAACCCAGCAUGA